AUGCCUGAACCAGCCAAAUCAGCCCCGAAGAAGGGAUCCAAGAAGGCCGUCACAAAGACUGCCGGUAAGGGAGGAAAGAAGCGCAGAAAGUCCAGGAAGGAGAGUUACGCUAUCUACGUGUAUAAAGUCCUGAAACAGGUUCAUCCUGACACCGGGAUCUCUUCCAAGGCGAUGGGAAUCAUGAACUCUUUCGUCAACGACAUCUUCGAGCGCAUCGGCGGUGAAGCGUCUCGUCUCGCUCACUACAACAAGCGCUCCACCAUCACAUCGAGAGAGAUCCAGACCGCUGUGCGUCUGCUGCUGCCCGGUGAACUGGCCAAACACGCCGUGUCUGAGGGCACAAAGGCCGUCACCAAAUACACCAGCUCCAAGUAGAAGAACAUCCGGUUUAUUCAACCAACACAAAGGCUCUUUUAAGAGCCACACAUGUUCUCAUUUAAAGAGUCUCUGCAUGUGCAGACUAGGAAGAGAUUAUAAACCAAAUUGUU